AUGGAAAGACGGAAGCUCCCAUGCAUCUCGCACGCGUUUCGAUUAGCUUUUCGUGUUGACGAGCAGCAAAGGGCGCACACGGAGCAGCAACCACAAACCACAGUAGUAUACUGCAGGAAAGCAACACAAAGCUCAGGAAGCGGCCAAGAAAAGCCUGCCUCUAAUUUGGGCAUGAAUCAUGGAAGCGGCAAAGAAAAGCGGCCCCGGGCUCGCCGCCUUUGGAGUCUGGAGUGUCUGUUGGUUAAUGGUGGGAAUGGCCAUCACCGGACGUGGCCCAGGCCUCUGAAAUUAACCUGCUGUCUAGCUCAUCUCUGCAGUUCACUGACAUCUACCAACUCAUGCCAAUCUUUGAGGCACUGCAACUCCUUGUUAGUGAUUGUCGUCCUUGGCAAGCACCAGCUUCACCAACCCUCCACCAUCUCUAAGAUGAGGGUUUGCAAGGCCCCCGAGCUGCUGAAGAAGGCGGUGACGGCGUUCAAGAGCAAGACUGACGCUAUGAGGACAAAGCUCCCGAUCCUGGCCUCGCUCCGCCGAAGGAUGGCGAUGGUCGGCGCGAUGUCUCGCAGGAUCCACGCGCUCAUGUCGUCGGACCGGGAGAAGCAGGACAGGUUGGAGUACGGAGACAAGGCUCUCGUGCUGCGCAAGGCGAUGGCGGCGAGCCAGGAGCCAGCUGCUGCUGAUCAUGAACGUGAUGGCAUGAUCGAUCUCUCCGAGGUGGCUAUAUUCGACGAAGAUGACCAUGGCUACCCUGACUGGACCCACUCACUCUUUGACGAUGACAAUUGUUACAACGACGACGACGAGGAUGGUCGUGACGAUCGUGAUGAUCUUGACUCGCUCGUCGAGCCAUCAGUCAUCGAGAUCAUCAGAAGCAACCGUGAGGUUGAAGGUUUGGAGUUCAACAUGGACGAUGAGAUCGACCAGGCUUGUGAUAUGUUCAUAAAGAGGUUUCGCAAGCGGAUGAACCGGAGCUUUUAGUGAUCCUGUUUUGUUUUCUUGCUUGAUGCCAGGAUGAAGAUAAUGUACUUCUGACAAAUUGAGUGACAAUAUAUAGAAGGUGGGUCAGAUACCGAGAUGUAGUAAGCUGGGGUAAGAAGACAUGAACUUGUUUUGAUGAGCACCACCUUUUGUGGUGUCACAAAGUGUUUUCUCUAAUGACAAUAUAAAAUAUAUUCUUCUUCCAAUGAAAUUUAGGAAUGCUUUGCUAGCACCCUUGUUCUAGUGUAUCCAGGCCAUAUGUUUUCUUUCUGAUGUACUAGCUGAAAGCGACGGAUAAACUGGAUUAGUUGAGCAUCUG